AUGUCCCAAACCGCCGAGUCCCUCCCCAAAUGGUUCGACCAACUCUUCGGGAGCCUCUUUUUCCAACCUGACGAUGACCUUGCACUAAAGACGUUUACUGAAGGGUUUAGUCCCGACUUUACCGCCCGCAUCAAUAGCACCAAGUUCACAUACGCACAGUUCAAAGAGUUCAUUAUUACAGCACGAGAUAGCAAUACAUUCACACCACUGUCGCGGGACGAGAUCAUGACUUGGAAUGCCCCUGAAGCGUCUGGAGCAGGGAGUGUGGUCCAGAGCGGCUGGUUUGCAGCGAAAAACAAGCAAACGGGUGAAGUUUCCAGAACAAAGGCCGUUACUCUGGCCACCGUGGGCGUUGUAGAUGGAAAGAGGGUGCUAUUAGAGCUGGCAGAGACAAGCAAAGGAGAGUAG